AUGGGACAGCUAGAGCCCACCUCGGAGCCCCAAGUCACCUACUCGUCGGGCCGCUCCGACGGAGGUGACGCACCGGAUCUCCGGAUCCUGCACUACAACGACGUCUACCACGUCGAUCCCUCAAGCGCGGAGCCAGUCGGCGGAUUCCCGAGAUUUAUGACGAUGUGUAAGGAGUAUCGAAAUGGCAGCCGGUUUGCUGGUCAGCCCAAGCUCAUUACUCUCUUCUCUGGUGACGCGUUCAACCCCAGUCUCGAGAGCAGUGUCACCAAGGGCAAACACAUGAUACCGGUACUUAAUGCCAUUGGCACGGAUGUUGCCUGUGUGGGAAAUCACGACUUUGACUUUGGCGUCAAACAGUUCGAGGCCCUGACGCAAAAAUGUAAAUUUCCUUGGCUCAUUGCUAAUGUCCUGGACCCUGCGCUGGGCAAAGACGUACCCCUCGGCAACGCCAAGCCGACGCAUAUGGCGACCUCGUCCAACGGCAUCAAAAUUGGCAUCAUCGGCCUGGGAGAGCGCGAGUGGCUCGCAACCAUAAACAGCCUGCCACCAAACUUGAUCUACAAGUCCGCCAGCGCCACCGCAAAGGAGCUCGUCCCCAAGCUCAAGGCGGACGGUGCGGAAAUCAUCAUCUGCCUCAGCCACAUGCGCGAGCCCAACGACGUCAAACUGGCGGAGCAAACGGACGGCUUGAUCGACAUCAUCCUCGGCGGGCAUGACCACUACUACAACCACCAGCUGAUCAACGGCACCCACGUGCUUCGUUCGGGGACCGAUUUCAAGAACCUCAGCUACAUCGAGGCCCGCCGGAGCAAAGACCGCCCGACCAAGUGGGAUUUCAAUAUCUGGAGGCGCGACAUCACCUCCGAUGUGAAGGAGCACUACCCAUCGCAGAAGCUGGUCAAGAAUCUCACGGCGGACCUGAAAAAGUCGCUGGCGAAGCCGAUCGGCUGGAGCGCCAUGCCGCUGGACGCGCGCUUCAGCACAGUCCGGAUGAAGGAGUCCAACAUUGGCAACUUUGUCUGCGACAUCAUGCGGCAGCACUACCACGCCGAUUGCUGCAUCAUGGCGUCUGGGACGAUUCGCGGAGAUCAAAUUUAUCCGCCUGGGGCGGUAAGGAUGAAGGACGUGACGACGUGCUUUCCCUUUGAGGACCCCGUCGUUUUGCUGCGCGUGACAGGCCAGGCGAUCUGGGAUGCCAUCGAGAAUGGCGUUUCCACGUACCCGGCACUAGAAGGAAGGUUUCCCCAAGUCUCGAAUAUUGUAUUCUCAUUCGACCCCUCGCGCAAGAGAAACAAACGAGUACUUUCGCUAGAAAUUGGCGGCAAGCUGUGCGAGCCAGAGAGGAAGUACCUCCUGGCCACAAGAGGAUACAUGGGCCGCGGCAAAGACGGCUACGACAGUCUUCUUGUCCAGUCCGAAGGCGGUCAAGCAGAGGAGCUCGUUGACGAGGAGAACGGCAUCCUCAUCAGCACCAUGCUGCGACAAUACUUCAUGGCCCUGCGCACCAUCGGCAAGUGGCGCAAGCUCUCCGAGCACUGGGAGGCCGUGGCGUCCAAGCUCAAGGGCAACACGCAGGCGCAGACACCUGCCCCCGCCUCGGAGGACCUCGAGCGCAGCCUGACGCUCUCGCGCAAGACGUCGUACGAGAGCGACACGGCCCGGAGCAACAGCUGGCAUGACUUCAUCCUCGCCCGCCUCGGCCACAACAAGCUGCCGCACGACGAGGACGAGGACGACGAGACGCUCCACGAGAUCGCCGAGGACGGCGUGGCGGAGUCGCCGCCGGAGCCGGAGGCGGGCGCCGACCCGGACAACGAGAUGGACAUUGAGAUCUUGCUGUUACGCAAAUUUUGGGCGCGCUGGACGCGAAAGGCGGGCAUCAAGUCGUGCGUGUGCGGGCCGGCAGGUGACGGCGGCUGUCUGGUCGACUGGACGCGGUUGAUUGCGCCGACGGUGGAGGGCAGGAUUACAAUGGUCGAGAGCAAGGUAUAA